GCCAUUUGGUUUCACUUGUUACGCGUGUCUUGGAGUUCCGUAAACAUGAAUAAUUUAAGUGUUCCGCGUGUCUUUCCACUCUAAAUAGCCUGCAAAUUAUUCCGGAAUAUCUUCGCCCAGCAGGCGGUAUAAAUCCAUAAAGCGAAGAGGUCGACGCGAUAGUGCUUAUCGGUUAUCGCUUUGGGGGCGAAAAAUUACGUAUAAGUGUCGUUAAACUUUGGAUAUGCAAACAAACUACUGAUACACUUUAUAGCAAUAGCACAGCAGACACAGCCCCAUGAAUAACCGCUUAACGAGAGCGCUGCCCAAAUAUUUGCCCGGCCAUAAAGCGUGUGACAAUCCAAGAAGCCAGCGAUGACGAUUGCAGCUCCGCCGAAGGUUUUCGGCGCGGAAAACAUGUUUAUGCAUAUAAAAGCCACCGCCAACGGCAAAGUUUGAUAAAGUGUCGGCGGCGAGAAUAUGCUGGAGAGUAUAUAAAUCCCGGCCAGGCCAGAACACAGCACAGUUGAAAUCCAGCCAUUCAGUCAAGAGGCAAUCCAACAAUCCAAAGGAAAACCAAUGGCAACAAUGAAACAACAAGUAUUUAUACUCCUAGCUUUGGCUGUAACCGUCUGCCAGGCGCUUCCUUAUGUGUCCUACGAUGAUGCAGAUGACACGGAGGUCAUCGAGCUGCCUGGAAAUGGCAUCGAGGAGGCACCACCCACUCUCGGUAAGGACAUCAUCGAUCUUACGCCGCUGGGCACGGCUCUCUUUGGCAAACCGGAUGAGGAGCAGACAGCCAACCGAGUGGGCAACUUCAGUGCCGAUGCGGACGAAAUGAAUCCUGAGGAACUGGGCAGCUACUUGGAGGGUGAUAUGCUGGUGCCGCAAACGGAUCUGAUCAUGAAGAAUGGCCUGCCCACCCAAUCAUCGCGUUGGCCCAAUGGCGUGGUGCCCUACGAGAUCCGUGGCAGCUUCAAUGCCAAGGACAUGGCCACCAUCGAGAAUGCCAUUGCCGAGUACCAUCGUCGCACGUGCAUUCGGUUUGUGAGGCGCAGUUCUGAGCGGGAUUACAUCUCCAUACGGAGCGACCAGUCCGGCUGCUGGUCAUCGGUGGGUCGCGUUGGUGGCAAGCAGGAGGUGAAUCUGCAAUCUCCCGGCUGCCUCAGCCGUCCCGGCACCGCCAUGCAUGAGCUGAUGCACGCUUUGGGCUUCCUGCACGAACAGAAUCGCAUGGAGCGCGAUGGCUAUGUGGCCAUCCAGUACAAUAAUGUCCAGUCCUCGGCAAUGAACAACUUCGAGAAGGCCGCCCGCACCGAGGCCUUUGGAGUUCCCUACGACUACGGCAGCGUGAUGCACUACUCAAAGAACGCCUUCUCCAUCAACGGACAGCCCACCAUUCUGGCCAUGCAAGCCAAUGGAGCCGACAAAAUGGGUCAACGGAAUGGCUUCUCUGACUUUGACAUCCAGAAGCUGAACCGCAUGUACGACUGUGGAACUGCCAACGCUGCUCCGGUAUCUCCGAGUGUCCCUGCUCCUGUUCCCGCUCCUGGAGCCGCUGCUGGCAGUGGCAAUCCCAUCGUGGACAGCUUCCUAGGAGGCCUGAUCAGCGGAUUGGGUCUGGGAGAUGAGAAAAAGGACACCAGCUCCUAAAAAGGACUUGGCCGCAGAAUCUACUAGCUCGUACGAUCACACACGCUCGAAAAUAUUUAAUGCAUCUCACAUACCAAACAUCUAGCACCAAUAUUUGAAUCUUUAGCUGAUAUGAUUAGUCGUUAAUUAAUAAAA